AUGCCUAUUAACCACACAUCAGAAUGGGGAGAUAAGCUUGCGGAGCUGGCCGUUCAGGAAACUGCGGCCCCCCCUCCAGCGGAAAAUGCAGUUAAUGCUCAACUAACGGACAUUGACGGCACUGGGAUCGCCACCCUAACAAGCAAUCUGACAAAGGUCCCUAGGCCAUACGGCGGCUUCGCCCUCAUCUUUAAGCACGGCACAGAGUACAAGGACUUUGAGUGGCUCCAGUUCAUCACGCGGCAACUUGUUGUUGAUGAUGCCGCCAUAACAGGCAACUUAGUCAUGAAGGCAAACACGACUUCCUACCAACUGGUAAACUCAGCGGUGGAGAUUACAGACUAUUACUUCGCAUCGGGGUCAGAGCCCUCCAACUGGAGUACCUGCUGGAAAGUAGACUCUACUAUUCUUCCACAUCCCAAGCCCUUCUUCCGUGACAGUUACGAAUACGCCAUCUCCGAUGGUCAUAAGUUGACCGCUAUUAUGGACGCUCCGGGUGUUAUGGCCGGAAAAAAACCGACAAAGGCAGAGAAGUCCAUGUACGAAGAUGUCCCAGACGGUUUGGUGGUAAUGAAGGAUGCGCUAGGUACCAGCGACGGAGUCUCUCGCGCCUACUUCUCGGACUACCUCGUGAAAAAGGUCGGCAGCAAAUGGCGUAUCUACGCCCGCUUUGACUUCAGCUUGACAUGGGAUGCAAGGGAUGUGGACAAGAGCAAUUUCACGCUACACUCUCUGAAAACCACUAAAACCUCGUCGCUGCUCGAUUGCCACAUGGCCGCUCUCAUGCACAAGACGACGCCGGGCAAACCAGGCCUGGCGUCCAAAGAACCCUGGAAGGGCUUUCGUGACUCCAUUCUCCAGUGA